GCGGCGCGGCGGGGCGGGGGGCGCAGUGCCGGUGCUCCCGCCGCCCCCGCCGCUCCCGCCGCUCCGCGCCCCGCGCCCGCCGCCGCCGCCGCCAUGGAGGCCAUCAAGAAGAAGAUGCAGAUGCUGAAACUGGACAAGGAGAACGCCAUCGACCGCGCCGAGCAGGCGGAGGCUGACAAGAAGCAGGCGGAGGACCGCUGCAAGCAGCUGGAGGAAGAACAGCAGGGCCUGCAGAAGAAACUGAAGGGCACGGAGGAUGAGGUGGAGAAGUACUCCGAGUCUGUCAAGGACGCACAGGAGAAGCUGGAACAGGCAGAGAAGAAAGCUACAGACGCCGAGGCCGAAGUGGCUUCUCUGAACCGCCGCAUCCAGCUGGUGGAGGAGGAGCUGGACCGAGCCCAGGAGCGCCUGGCCACCGCCCUGCAGAAGCUGGAGGAGGCUGAGAAGGCGGCAGAUGAGAGCGAGAGAGGCAUGAAGGUCAUCGAAAACAGGGCCAUGAAGGACGAGGAGAAGAUGGAGCUCCAGGAAAUGCAGCUGAAGGAGGCGAAGCACAUAGCUGAAGAGGCCGACCGCAAAUACGAGGAGGUCGCCCGCAAGCUGGUUGUCCUUGAGGGAGAGCUGGAGCGCUCGGAGGAGCGGGCAGAGGUUGCGGAGAGUAAAUGUGGUGACCUAGAGGAAGAGCUGAAAAUUGUCACCAACAACUUGAAGUCCCUGGAGGCCCAAGCUGACAAGUAUUCCACCAAGGAGGACAAGUACGAGGAGGAAAUCAAGCUUCUAGGGGAAAAACUGAAGGAGGCUGAGACCCGAGCAGAGUUUGCCGAGCGGUCCGUGGCGAAGCUGGAGAAAACCAUUGAUGAUUUAGAAGACGAGGUGUAUGCGCAGAAGAUGAAGUACAAAGCGAUCAGCGAGGAGCUGGACAAUGCGCUUAACGACAUCACCUCCCUCUGAGCCCCCACCGGGCACCAGCACCACGCCACCCUCUGCCCGCCGCCCCCCUCCCCGCUCGCUGCUCGCCUGCCCUGCCUGCCCCAUGGUUGCCCCUGCCCCCUGGCCCUCCUCAGCACGAAUCCUUGGGGCCGGAGCCAGCCCAGGUUGCUCCCAGGCUGUCCCUCCUUGGGAGGAGACGGAGGACUCGCUGCUCAGGGGUGCCACGUGGGGACGGGGGGCAGUCACAUCUCACCUGGGCGCCCAUGUGCUGGGUGAACGGCUGCCCGUGAGGUGCAGGUUUGGGUGGGUGGGGGGGCCUUCCCGAGGGUGCAGAUGCUUCCCGUGGCAGAGAGAGAUGGGUGGGUGUCGGCGGCUGUGGGGCUCUCCCCGUCGCUGCACCCCUGUCCCAGCACUGCCUAGUGAUGGGUUGCAGGACAGGAAUGGGGCAGACCUGGGCCAAGGACCCCUUUGCUCCAGCAUCAUCCUCCUCAGCUCCCACCAGCACUAGGGAGCAGGAGAGGGGGUCCCGCUGCUGCAAACAGCCUCCAGGGCCGGGGGGGGGCAGCCUGCCCCCCACAAUGCUCCCGGCAAAGCCGCCCCGGUGCUGCUUUCUGAGGCACGGGCUGCUGCGGGGGAUGCAGCAUCCCCACCGUCGGAGCAGGGGGGAGGGCUUGGCCCCGAGGCGGGGGGGAUCGGGCCACACGGGCAGCCCUUCCCCAGGCAGACAGGCAGCCCCUGCUCCCCCCUCGCCCCUGCCUCCCAUCUGUCCGCUGCACAUCGCUGUUCAGUUUGCAUUUCAUGACUUCUUUCUUUUCUGUUCUGUCCCUCUGGGUUACUGAGUUGGUCUCAAUAAAGCAUUUUCUCUCCUUGGUUUCUCCUUUGGUUUCUUCAUGCUGCUCUGGUUUUCCACUCUCAUCCCUCAUUUCCUGCCUGUCUCACGUGGGUGCCAGCAGCUGGGCGGGAGGAGGUGCUUGCCCGCAGCCACCGGAGCGCUGGGACCACCUCAGGUGGAGCCCCGAGCGGCUCCCGUGCUGCAGGGCUGAGGGCAAAGGGGCCCUUUGUGCCUCCGCCUGGGGUGAUGACCCCCACCUCCCCCCCCGGCUCUCGGGCACAGCUUUCCUCAUCUUUUGCCUCCUUCCAAGACCUGCUCUCCAUCACUUUCGUGGCUUGAAAUAGGGUUAGACCUGGUCCUGUCCUUUCCCCAACCACACUCUCAAAACAUUGCCUUUCACAGCCCUGGCAUCUCUCGCAUCACCCUUCCCUGUUGAAAGGGCUGACCUUGUCCUUCAGUGGUGAUUCCUGGCCCUAAAGGGGUCCCAGCUUCAGUGGAUCCUCCUCCUCCUUCCUUGGCAUCGUACCCUGCCCCACCACCCCUUCCCCAAACAGAUGGACCCAAGGCCCCAUCCCUGCCCCGGGACCUGCUGCCUCCCUGCCAGCCCCAGCUCGGCCCCGCUGGCUGCCGCCACUGCAGGGUUUCCACCGAGGUCUCUCGCGGGGAGUACUGUCUCUUUUUUGCUAACUCUCCUUUCUCUCUCUCUCCCCCUCUGCUGCGCUGAUGUCUUCAUUUUCUCUAGAGCGCUCGAGGCAGGAGGCCGAGAAAAACCGUGUUCUCACUAACGAACUACGGGUCAUCCUUACCGAACUUAACAACUGAGCUGCAGAAAGCUCCCCGGCCACAGCCCAUGCCUGCUCCCCUCACGCGGCCCACGACCAUGGGGCUGCCGCAGUCCCUGCUCACCAUCCCCGCGGUUCUCCCGGGCCCCAGCUGCUCCCCUGCCCUGUUUCAGGUCAGGGCUGGGAGUCCCUGCCCACUCUCCGCUGUGGCUAAGUGGUGCGUGGAACAGGGAUAGCCAGGCCUUGGCCUCCCACCCUGGGGUAACUGCCCUGCUCGGUGGGGCUGGAGAGUGCCUCCGUAGCUGAUCGGUUUUCCCAGGGAGAGGAAGGAGGGUUUUCCCAAUGUCCUGGGACACCCAUGCCAUGAUGGCUGUCCCCUGGCAUCAGCUUGGCCCCGCUGGGGAGGGACGUGGUGGCUUGUGUAUCGCUGCCUCCCUCCCCUCCUCCCCUGGGCUAGGGGACCUUGAAGGUGGCCAGCCUCUUCCUCACUACUCUGGUCAUCCCAAACAGUGCAGGGAGGACUCCCCUUGGAGCAGAGCCUCCCUGCUGGGAGGGCUGGGACAGAGCUGGGGACCAGGCAGCACCCUGCUGCCCCAGGCCUGGGGCGGGGGACAGGGCGGUGGCGGGCAGAGCCUGGCCAGGAGCCCUGGGAGAUGGGGCUGGGGUAGCAGUGCAGGGGCCUGGCCAGCGGAGCUCUAGGUCCCAUCCCCAUCUCUAGAAGGAGGAGGAUGCAGGUGGCGAGUGAGAGCCGGGGAAGGCUCUGGCCGGUGGAGCUUGUCCCUGCAGCCUCAUCAGCUCUGCUCUUUCUCUGUGCUGUCCCUCUGCCCGUCCUCCCGGGCUGCUGUCUCACUCCUCUUCUUCACGGAGCACCACUGGGUUAUGGAGCAGGCACUGGCUCUCCUCUUUCGCUGGCCGAGGGUUUGCACACACGUCUGUAGCCAGCCAGCAGCAGUAGUGAAGACCUUGGGUAGGACGUUUUGUGGAAAUUGGGCCCCCCAGCACGGGGCUGCACAAGGCUGUGUCGCGCGGUCAGUCAGUGCUUGUGCCCCAGGGCCGUGGGGCGCGAUGGGAGGGUGGGAGAAGCCAAAGAGCGGGGAUCGCCUGUCCCCAGAGACUGGCCCGGCCACCCUGGCAGGUCCCGGAGCGGCUGGGCUCAUCCCUGCCAGCACCGGGGCUGCUUGCACAGACUCUGCUCUGCAGGGAGGCCCUGCUCUGUUGGAUGCCGUUGCCGUACUGAAAUGUCCAUUUGUGUGCGUGUGUCUGUGCCUGGUGUUGCGUGUGUGGGUCUGUCUGUGCCUGGGUGUGGUUGGCCUGUGUCUGUGUGCGUGUGCCUGGCUGUGUGUCCCUUGUGUUCACAGAGAGUCUGGCCAGUGCCAAAGAGGAGAACGUUGGCAUCCACCAGGUCCUGGACCAGACCUUGUUGGAGCUGAACAACCUCUGAGCUGCCUGGGGAGCCCCUGUC